AUUUUACUAAGCGCACUCUAGAGAAGUUUUAACAAAAUAGUAAUUAUCAGAGAGAGAUUCUAAAGAAGAGACCAUUUAUCAGAGGGGCCACUACAGCAUAGCUAAAUUACGGCCCAACAGUCUAGGUAUCCAGGUAUCCAGAUAAAAUGCCAAAGAAGCAACAAAGAAAUGCCUUCUACUUCUUCAUGAAAGAUCUCGAGCCCCAGUUACGUAGAGAAGGGCGAGUCUUCCCCAACGGAAUGGCGGACGUUGUGGAAAUCGCACAUCCAAGAUGGAAGAUGCUUCCAGAGAGGGAGAAGGCUAGAUUUGAAGCCAUGGCUAAAGAAGCGAAGAACAAAAUGAGGGGCCGGGAGGGAGACAAAUUUCGUCAAGACAAUGUUGGGAACAUUCUGGCACAUCGUGUAGACAAGCAUACUGACAUGGAGCAUCGGAGGAUCAAAGAGCGCAGGGACAUGGUGAAAGACAUGCCACCGGGGAAAGAUUUGAUGCGCAGCAAGUUCUAUUUCAUCAGCUUCCAGAUACUUUGUCAAACAGAGGAGAAGGAAGUGUUGCCAGUGGAGAUUGGGAUGAUAGAGUACAGUAUUGCCCAGGGAAUCACCAAGGAGCUGCACAGGUUCAUUGAGCCAGGUCAAAUCCCUUCUGGUUACAGAUUUACAUGUUUACAGAAAAGUGAGGACACUCACAAGAUCCCCAUAGAGAACUUUGAGGAGGCCAGUAACAACUACACGGGCCUGUGGAUCCAGAUAGAGAACUUCAUCAACCCAGGCGGGGAACUGCCUGAGAAUCCACCUGUAUACUGUCUGGGUGCGGGAGAGAACUGGGACAUCGUGGAGCGGUGUCUUGACUGGAUUCAUGGCAAGGCGCGACUAGGCCAACCCAACCGCAUCCGACGCAUCUAUGAGGUGGAGAGUCUGUUCCAGGAAAUGCAUGCACAUGUUGAUAACACUACGUCCAAGUCGAGUCUUAUUGCUGCUUUAACGACAUCCGACUGGGAUUACGAACCUAAUAUUAAAUGCAACCAUCAUGAAAAAAUAGAAGUGAAGGACUGUUCUUUGGGCAUUGUGAAGCGUUAUGCGUUUGCCAUCUCAGACUCUGUGUGCCAGUACUAUGAUGUGAGACCAACCAAGGCACAUCUGCCUCUGCGGAACACACGGGGAAGUUUUACUGUCCUUGCACCGUCCAGUAUGCCGGUCUGUGAUCAGCAGCAUGCCAGACUCGCCCCCAAAAAUGAGGCUGCAUUCAAGGCCACGCCAAAACCUAAAGUUAAAGAAGACUACACAGAACUCAGGAAACCUAACCUUCCCCCAGGUGCCAAUUACUCAGGCAAAGAUGGAGGGGCUGGGGCCGGAUAUCCGGGCUACCCAACAGGGGGCGGAGUCAGCAUGCCCAGUGAAGCCCCAGCCUGGAGUGGGCCCAUGGGUGGGGCAGUCAUACAGAUGGACUAUGUAUCCAGGGGACGGGGUCUCACUGUUGGAUUACAGAACAUGAAGCUGGAAGGCCCUGGCCCUGUGAAGCAUGCAGGUCGAGGUGCCCCGCCCCACCCCUCACUGGCCCCUGUGCCCCCUGCAGCCUGGCAGGUGGGAAUGCAAAACAGUCAGGAUGUGGGUUUGGGGCGUGGCAUGAUGGCUGCCCGACCCCCCGGGGCUCAGAUGCAGCCAUCCUCCCGACCUCCCGGAAUUCCAUCCCCAUAUGAUGACAACAGCGAUGAUGAUGAUGAUGAUGAUGAUGAUGAUGAUGAUGAUGAUGUGUCAAACCCACUGCCUUCACCUGUCAGAUUACCAUCUCAGCAGUUGCCUAUUUCACCUGUCAGAUUACCAUCUCAGCAGUUGCCUAUUUCACCUGUCAGAUUACCAUCUCAGCAGUUGCCUAUUUCACCUGUCAGAUUACCAUCUCAGCAGUUGCCUAUUUCCCAACCUGUAUAUUUGCCAACCCAAUCGUUUAUGAGUUCUCAACCAGUGUAUCUUCCUAGUCAAACAACAUCGAGUUCCAAGCCGGUGAUGCUUCCAAGCCAGAAGAUACCAAGUUCCCAACCAGUGCCCCGUUUAUCACACGGACAAAGUGCUCAGACUGUGCCAUUUUUCAGAAAUGAAUCUCAGCAAAACUCAAUUGCAACUACUGAACCAGUUGGCCAUAAUGGGGCAUGUGAUGACAAGUUUUUUGGAGUUGAAGGGACCGGUAGGAGAGGCAUCCUGGAGAAACUUGUGUUGAACGGGCGCAAGGCAGGAGUCCCUGUUGGGAGGGGCUACGCUCCACAAGACUGGGUUGACGAUGGCAGCCUGGGUCCAAUCAAAAGAUGAGCACCCAAUCCAAUGUUCAUGCACACACACAAAAAGUUCAGGAUCCGAAACAGUUCCAGGAGAAAUGAAGCAAUAACUUCAUGUGUUUGCCACAAGAAGUGGAAUUGAAUCUUGUCUAAUGUUCAUUUUUUAGUAGACAGUAAUAUGCAAAUUCAAAUGAUUGUGGUUUUUUUUCCGUGUAAAGAUCAGAAACAUGAACAACUUAAUGUACACUAUCAAAGUAUAAAAUAUAGUAAUUUGUUUUACAGUUAUGUUCUAUAAAAAAAAAUCAUUUCAUGUUUCAUGUUGGCAUUUCGUAUAUGCCAUUCAUUCAUUUAAUUUUUUUUUAUGAGGAUGUUUCAAAUCAAAUGUUUUUUAUUGAUGUAUCAUUUACUUAUUUAUUUUUUUUCAUCACUAAUAAAGUGAUUUAUAUGUUUUUUUAUAAAAAGUUAAAUUAAAUUGUUUGACUUGAAGUUUUCUUGAACCAUCAAAAUAGUAUUGUCUCAACUAAACCAGUGAUCUUUUCUAGUGCAUUAUAAAUGAUAUGCCAGUUUGACAAUUACGUUCUUUAUUCCAUAAACGCAACCAAAAUUAAUUUUAAUCCUAUAUUAUCAUUUUAUUUAAGAUAACUUCAAACCCUUAUAUAAUAUUUUGGUCAAACAUGCAUUUUGACUGCCUGUUUUAGAUAAGUAACCCACAAAGCAGUUUUUGGAUCAGAACAGCAAAGAAAUAACUAAUUCCCUGGAUUGACCUUAUCUCUUUAAAAAUAACUAAAGCUAUGAUAAAUAAAUUAGUCUCCUAAGAA